GAGCCCGUAGUCAGCCCGUUUCCGCCUCGCGGCCGCCCUCACCGUCGGACCAGACGCUGCUGCCGCCGCCGCCGGGGGAGGAGGGCGCCGAACCGAGCCGUGCUGCGCGCGGGUAAUUUGGCGGCUCGGCUUCCCUCAGGCCGUUCAUAAGGCGGCGGCGCCGGCGCCCGAAGGAUGUGGUGGAGGCGGCAGUGGCAGGCGCCGCGGCCGAGGGAGCCCUGAGCCCGCGCAGCCGUUCCCGGCCCCGCGCACCGGCGGCCCGGCAGCGGCCCCCCGGCCCGGCCCGGUUCGGCUCGGCCCGCUCGUCCAUCGGCGGCGCCGCCCCCCCCCCCCCCCUCCCCCGCAGCGUCUCCUCCCGCGGCACCGCCCGCCCCUCGCCGGCUCCCCGCGCGCUGGAGCCCCGCGCGGGAGCUGAGGGGGAGCCCGUGAGCGCGGGAGCCGAGCGCCUCUCGGGGAGCCAGCGGCAGCCAGGAUGGCCUCGUCGUCGGGCAACGACGACGACCUCACCAUCCCCAGGGCUGCCAUCAACAAGAUGAUCAAAGAAACGCUCCCCAACGUCCGCGUGGCAAACGAUGCCCGGGAGCUGGUGGUAAACUGCUGCACUGAAUUCAUCCACCUGAUCUCCUCCGAGGCCAACGAGAUCUGCAACAAAUCGGAGAAGAAAACCAUCUCCCCGGAGCAUGUCAUACAAGCACUAGAAAGUUUGGGGUUUGGCUCCUAUAUCAGUGAAGUAAAAGAAGUCUUACAAGAAUGCAAAACAGUAGCACUAAAGAGAAGAAAGGCCAGUUCACGCUUGGAGAACCUUGGCAUUCCGGAAGAAGAGCUGCUAAGGCAGCAACAGGAAUUAUUUGCAAAAGCUAGACAACAGCAAGCAGAACUGGCGCAGCAGGAAUGGCUACAGAUGCAACAAGCAGCUCAACAAGCACAGCUUGCUGCUGCCUCAGCCAGUGCAUCCAAUCAGGCAGGAUCCUCUCAGGAUGAAGAUGAUGAAGAUGAUAUCUGAAAUUCACCAGCUGAGUUUGUCUUUACUAAGAAAUAUUUUUCCUGCACAAUGAAAACAGUGAAAUGAAUGCUUACCUGUAAGUUUGUAUGCAUCAUGGACUGGCAAUUGGUAUUCUAGGGGUGUCUGCUGUUGUGUGCUGUACAUGUAUAAACUGUCUUUUUUUGAACUCUUGAAGAUUAAGGUUCAGUAUCAUAUCAACUUUGGAUUUUUAAUGGUGUAUAUGGAAAUUUUAGAUAGCAGUGCGUCAUUUAUUUGAUCAAUAAACAGUGUUACAAUAAACAACAAGUUUAUAAAAUAUAGUGAGAUUUAUACAAAAAGUUCUAAAUUCACAUUUGCAUUUCUUCCCUUUUAACUAAACUAUAAAAUCUUACUUAGAAUUUUUAAUUGUUUUUUGGGGGAGUGGUACAGUAGGUAUAAUCUGUUAAUGGGAAAAAAGCAGAGUUCAGCAUAGUAAGAGUCUGAAUUCUUAGUUCUUUUUAAAAUGAGGAUGUAUGUGGCAAUAAAUAUUAUAUAUGCUCAAAUACCACACUUGUUAAAAUUUGAAAAUGAUACAUUUUCACCAAGCUAGGAAAAGGUAUGUUUAAUAGGAGUUGUACAAAGUCAGUCAUUUUUUUUGUAUAGGGGUGAAAAAAAGAAACCCAUGGUUUUAUUAUGACAUCCUUUGACAGUCCUAACUGAAUAUUUCACUUCAAAGACUGCCUGGUUUGAAGAACUAACUCUUCUAUGAUUUCACUCCAGUUUAAUGUUAACUGUUGUUGAUGGUAUUUCGUAGUCCAUAUCUAUUCAUAUUGUUGAAAUAUAAAGCUGGAGCUUGAUGAAACAAAAUUGGUUUAGUUCCACUGAUAUAACUGGGAAUGACUAAGUAUUCAAGCCUAAGAAGGCAAAAGCUGAAGCUAAGAGCAUGCUUACCAUAAAAGAGGGAAUUUAUUUAACCUUGAUUAGUCAUUGUUGUCAGCAUAAUGCUAACAUUCUCCAGACUAGAUUGCCGCUGGAUUACUAAAAUACCUUGUUGAAAGUUAGCAUUUUCUUCAUUCAAAUUGGUUCGUAGGUAAGUCCAGGUUUUUGAUAAACUAUUCCCCGAGAGUGAUCAGCAAUACAUGGAACAGAAAUUAUAUAGUAGUCCUUUUGAUAGUUGAUUUGAAAAUUCUGUUGAUUAAUGGAUGAGCAGCUGUUCUUUGUGUUGAAAUAAAGCACAGUAGUGUCCAUUGCUGAGUUUUAAUGUGUUACUUGAAGUAAUACUGGCAUAUCUUCUGGUACACUAAUCUGAGCAGAUUAGAAAAGCCACUUGCAUGCUGCUGUAGAUGAUCCCAUAGCUCUCUAACAACAUGGAUUGUUUUAUUAACUUAUGUCCUCAGCAAGUUGCUCUAGUUAGAAUUCUUGAGGGCUGCAGCAGUCUGUUUACAUAAGGACGCAAACAGAAAAUGGUGUGCCCAUUUUUACAUGAAGAUCUGAACAAGGUACAAUUGGCACAUAUUCAGAUGUCAGUCACGUAGUGACUUUGAUUUAAAUUUGAGAUACAGUAAGUUACAUAUUGAAUAAAUGUGAACGCUUCCUUAAAUGCAUUAAUGCAGUGAAAACUCCGAAAAGUGCUUGUUUGAAUGUUUAAGUUUAAAAAGGAAAAACAAAACAAAAAACCUUUCAUGGAUACUAUAUGAAAUAUGUUAGGCAAGGUUUGACCAAGGAAGUGGUUUUCUGUAAAGGUUUAAGUACCAAAGGUAGAAAAUCUAGUCUAGUGAUACAAUGUUAAUGUGCAGUGUUGGCUUUUCUAAUUCGUACUGUAACACCUUCACACUUUCUAUUUUAAAUGAGUCUUUUCCUUUUAAAUAAUAUUAGGUAUAUUUUUACACCUUUCUUUUCUGAUGCAGAAUUCAGGUUAACAUUUUACUGCAUCUGGUAUGUAUGGUGUAAUAUGUUUGGAUCCUUGUGACCUUUCUUUUGGACAUUCUUGUGCUUUUUCAUAUGCUGUAUUCUUCAAGCAAUAAAAUUCUGAUGUGUUUUUAUAAAA